UUUCAUCUAUAUUCAGCUAAUCAACACUCUCAUCCGUCAUCAAACUCGAAACUUAAUGCCUCUUCUCAUCCUUGAUCUACCCUGCAGUCCUCAGCCUUAGUGCCAUUCUAUGGCUGGCCCACUUGGCCUUUUUACCACCUUUUCAGGCUAAUUAUUGACGUCCACAGGUCGUCGCUAAGCAGAACGCCACUGCCACUGCAUUCUACACUCCUUGUCUGAAAUCGAUCGUGGUCGUCUUCGCUUCUUCCCUUCCCACAUGGUCAUCCGACCUCCCAAUCACACAACGCCACAACACUCAUCACGCAUCUCUCCAUCACUACAUCACUACUCAGACUCACCACGCGCCCGGCCCCCCCUUGUCCGAGUCAAAGCGAAAUUUCCCAACAUCCCCGGACUUUCCACCUCCGCGCCACACCUCUCACUCAUCGAUUGAUCGAUAUCGAUGGCGCUCUCAGAUCAGCCCUCGACUUCAGACCUACCUCUCCCGACUGCACUCCCUGUCCUUUUCCUCAAGACCCGUUCUCAGCCACAUGAUGCUUAUGAAGAAUAUUUCUCCACACUCGGAGCGUUUUCGAUCCCUGACGCAAACUCCACCCCCUCGGAACUCUCCACUCCCGCCUUCCUACCCCUGUUUCUCCCUGUCUUGGAACAUCACCCCAACGUCGCCAACCUCGAGGCAUUGAAGCACUUACUCCGAUCCCGAAAUCUUCAUUGCGCUUAUGGAGGCAUCAUCUUCACUAGCCAACGCGCCGUCGAGGCUUGGUCCCAAGUCGUCAAUUCGGUCGAUGUGCCUCAUUCACAUGAGAGUCGCGGGGCCGAGUCAGGGGAUCCCUCAACCUUGUUGGUGCCUUCUGCUCCCCAUCGCGCCGAGGUUGGAUUACGGCCACAAUCCCAUUCCUCUAUAAUCGCGUCCAACACAGACAACGACGACUCAACUCAUUCACAGUGUCCCUCGAAUCCCUCUACAACACCCACCGAGUUGCUAGACGAUGACUUCAACUUUCCACUUUACUCAGUUGGUCCUGCAACGUCACGCGCCCUGAAUACACUCAUCUCAGAGUCCUCCCUCAACCCCACAUCAUCCUUUGCCCAUCUACGACCCCUUGUGGUUGGCGACCAUUCUGGCAAUGGUGCCAAUCUAGCACAGUACAUUCUAUCUCAUUAUAAUUCCCUGCACGCCACCAAAUUGUACACCUUCUACGACGCUCCUCGCUUACCUUUCACCCCACUUCUAGGGCCCUCUAGUGGUGACCGUGUGCAAGCACUUGAUCAGAGAUUGCGCAAAAAGGGUCUGUUGUUCCUCGUCGGUGAACAGAGACGAGACGUUAUCCCCAAAACCCUAGCUGACCCUGAUUCUAAAUUACACCCCAAUCAGAGAAUCAAAGUUGAUGAACUCGAGGUCUACUCUACGGGAAUUAUGCCAUCCUUUCCCCAACAAUUUGCUUCCAAGAUUCAUGACCUCACAGAUAGUUCCCUCGGAACUAGCCUCAUCAUCAUUGUCGUCUUCUCACCUCAGGGCUGUGAGGCCAUGUUGACCUCUCUGGGCUUCCUCGACCACCAAGGUCGUCUCACCGAAAAAGCAACCACCCGUUGGACUACCAACUCUGCCCAGAAAGUUGAUGGUCCCAACUUUGUCAUUGUCACGAUUGGUCCCACCACGAGAGACUAUCUCAAGGACACAUUUGGCUUUGAUGCUGACGCUUGUGCCUCCAAGCCCACUCCACAAGGAGUCGGUGAAGCAAUCAGAGCAUUCUUAUCCGACAGAGGCUUAGUCUAA